AAUUUGUAAUUAAUAUAUAAGCAGUCUUAUUUACACUCGUGAGAUAUCAAUAUCACAAAACCCCCUUUCUCUCUCUUGGUUACUACACAAUUAAUCACAUGAUCUAAACUACCCAAUGAAAAUUCAAGAAAUCCAAUUUCUGGUUUGAUUUCAAUAUAUUUUUUUAAUUGCGAAUCGCGGUUUGAUUGCUUCAUUAAUUUAUCCUGUUUAAUCAAAGAAUCUGAAGACAAGAAAUUAUUUGUCAUACCUGUAUAGUUUUUCGUCUAUGACAUUUUACUGACAAGAUUAUUGGAUUAUAUUUGCAAUUAAAGGAUUAUUCACAUCAGACACAGUUAUAUUUAUCAUGUUUUGAAGAUGAAAAGAAAAAUGUUUGAAUGAAGAUAUUAACAUGUUGGAGUGGUUGGCAUUAGGAAGGGCAUCCAGCUGUAGAAACAUUGCCAGAUAAGACUGGAGCCUGGUGCAGCCUUCUGGCUUCCCAGAUCCCCGGUCGAACCAUCCAACCCAUACUAGCAUGGAGAACGGACGUUAAACGAUGAUGGUGAUGAUGAUGAUGAUAUCAGUCUGUGGUGAAUUAAGCUGAAAUGUUUCUUCUAAACUGUGAUAAGCAAAAAUGCAUUCCUUAACAUUUUCUGCAAUAUCACCAGAGGGUGAGCUUGCAAUCUAACUGGAAAUAUUUAUAAAUGCAUUUGCAGCAUCUUAAGAUAUUGACGAAGAUCACAGGUGAUGGAAAUAUACAUCAGUGAAAGUAUUUUUUAAGGAAUGAAACGAUAAAACUGGAAACCAGAAAUAUAACAAUAUACCUUCAUGAGAAAAAUAUUAAUAAUGGAAAAACUGAAUCAAGAAAUUUAUAUGAGUGAUUUUUUUAAAAAUUUCAUUCUGAGAUGUCGAAAGAGAUAAAAGUAUCAUACCCUUGUGACAUCUGUGGUAAAUUAUUCUCUUGGAAAAGUAACCUAACCACUCACAAACGCAUUCACACAGGGGAGAAGCCAUAUCAUUGUAAUAUCUGUGGGAAAUCCUUCUCUGGGAGUAGUGACUUAACUACUCACAUACGGAGUCAUACAGGAGAGAAAACCUAUCACUGUGAUAUCUGUGGCAAAUCAUUCUCUGAAAGCAGUAGUUUGACUAAGCAUAAACGUAUUCAUACAGGAGAGAAACCUUAUCGCUGUGACAUCUGUGGAAAGCCAUUCUCUCAAAAUGAGCAUUUAACAACACACAGACGUAUUCAUACGGGAGAGAAACCAUAUCAUUGUGAUACAUGUGGUAAAUCAUUCUCUGAAAAGGGGAUUUUGACUGAGCACAAACGUAUUCAUACUGGAGAGAGACCAUAUCACUGUGAUAUUUGUGGCAAGACAUUCUCUAAAAAUGGAAACUUAGCCAAGCAUGAACGUAUUCAUACAGGGGAGAAGCCAUAUCGCUGUGAUAUCUGUGGUAAAUCAUUCUCUCAGAGUAGUGGCUUAAUUACACACAAACGUAUUCAUACUGGAGAGAAACCAUAUAAGUGUAGUGUCUGUGGUAAGGCAUUCUCUCAAAGCAGUGGCUUAACCAUACACGAACGUGUUCAUACAGGAGAGAAGCCAUACCACUGUGACGUCUGCGAUAGAUCCUUCUCUCAAAGCGGUGAGUUGACUACUCACAAGCUCAUUCAUACAGGAGAGAAGCCAUAUCACUGUGAUAUCUGUGGUAAAUCAUUCUUUCGUAAAUAUUACUUGAGCAAACACGUGGGUAUUCAUAUUGAGGUGUAACUGUAUUAAUAAUCCUUUAUAUUUUAGGCACAGGGCCGGAAAUUUUUGUUGACCAGGGUACAGUUGAUUACAUCGAUCCUCAUGCUUAACUGCUUUUUGCGUGCCACUGGCACAGAAGCCAGUCAGGGCAGCGCUUGCAUCAGCCAUGUUCGAAUGGUGCUUUCUACGUGCCGCCGGCACA